AGGUCGGGGGGUGUGCAGGUACCGCUCAGGGAAGGACUUAGGUUAGCUCAUCUGAAAAAAAAAAAACGCACGGCCAGGGUCACGUUCGUUGUGCAGAGAAUCUUGUUCGGGGCGUUGCUACUCCCGAUUGUCUGCACCGCGCCGUAGUCCUCGUCAGCGGCGGUAGGGGGCUGGUGGCAUCCCGGUGCCGCAGCCGGGCCUGUCAGCACGAACUGCCUUCACGGGGGGGUUGGAUGUUGGCCCCAAGCUGCAGUGCCGGGGCGCGGGGAUGUGCCGUGGUCUCCAGCACCGCAGAGCACUCACGUGUAUGAAGCGUUUCAGAGGUAACUAUAGGCCGAGGAUUAGAUCUCACAUACCAGCUGCUGUCCAAAACCUGUCCUUUGAUGAUCUCUCGUAAGCACUGUGUUUUCCAGCAAAAUGCAGAAGGGCAAUGGACUGUCAAGGAUAACAAGAGUCUAAAUGGAGUCUGGCUUAACAAACACCGUCUGGAUCCCUCCAAAGCCUAUCCUAUUGCUGAAGGAGACCGUAUCCAGUUGGGAGUGCCUUUGGAAAACAGAGAGGCUGCUGAAUAUGAGUAUGAAGUAAUUAAAGAGGAAUGGGAGAAAAUCAGACCCUUUUUAGCCCAAAGAAGUGACCUGGGGAAAGCUAGGAGUUCAAGAACGAAACGUAAGUUUAAUUCAGAGGAAUUGGAGACAUCUGGAUCAGAAGGCCCUUCAGACUCCAGAUCCAAAAGAGACAGAGUAUCUUGUGACAAUGACCCUUUGGGUAAAUCAUCGGGUAGGGCUGAAGAGGCCAAACAGUUAACAGAGAAUGUGGAUAUCAAGCUGCCUCCUCCUGGACCCAGUGAGGAGGAGGUCAGUGAUCCGGUGCUUAAUAGCCCUGUGUGCUCUGAGAAGGGAGUGUCUGUCCUCCGUAAGGACCAGAAAGGCUCUGGUCUUGCACAGUCAUGGAAUGGGUUGGAAAUGCUGAGGAAGACAUUGGCAGAUAUAAUGAAGUUAAAAGUCAAAGUGCAGGAGAAGCAGACAGCAGUGCUGAAUGUGAAGCAGAAGCGCAAGAAGUGUGCACAGAAGGAGAUCCUGGCAAUGGAGCAGGAGCUGCAGGAGUUGCAGAGCCAGCUGUGCACAGAACAAGAGCAUCAUCAGCAGCAGGUGGAAGAGCUGGAGAGGACAUUCUCUAAAGAGCAGCAGAAGUUAGAGGGAGUAAAGGGCCAACAUGGGGAAGAGAAUCUGAAGGAGCAGCUAGCCCAGGUCCUGCAGGAGCAUCGUGCUUUGAUGGAAGAACUGAGCCGUAGUAAAAAAGAUUUUGAGGAGAUAAUUCGAGCCAAGAAUAAAGAACUGGAAGAAACCAAGGAGGAGAAGGAAAAAGUGAGAGCCCAAAAAGAAGAGGUGUUGAAUCAGAUGAAUGACGUGUUGGAGAAUGAGUUGCAGUGCACAAUCUGUUCUGAGCACUUUAUUGAGGCAGUCACUCUGAACUGUGCACACAGCUUCUGCUCCUACUGUAUCAACGAGUGGACAAAACGUAAAGUGGAGUGCCCUAUCUGCAGACAGGAGAUCAAAUCAAAGACACGCUCUCUGGUCCUGGAUAACUGCAUUGACAGGAUGGUAGAAAAACUGGACAUGGAAACGAAACGGCAUCGCCUGACCCUUAUCAGAGAGCGGAAAGAGAAACGGAAUGUGUUGGUGAACCCAGCCACGGACAGUGACAGCAGUGUCAUUUCUUCCAUUUACUCCGUCUUGUUGUUGAGCAGUUGUGACAGUGAAGACUCUGAAGAGGAUUCUUACUACCGUGAAAGCUACUACAUUAUCUAAACACUCUUACUGUCAACUUGUUUGCCUGUGUGCUUCCCAGAACCACCCUAAUGGUGUUUGGUUGACGGCUGCUGGAUGAGUGGACUUGACAGCUGGAAGGAGAGGUGUACUAUGAAGACGCUGGAGCUAAGAAGUAGCAGCAUUUGGAAGAAGGACUUUAUUUUUUUAAGUGAAUGUACAGAAACUUGAUCUCUAAACCAAAACUGGGAUUGUGAGACAAAAAAUUGCCCUUACACUAGAUUAUUGACAUCCAAAACCUAGGCUUCCAUGACCACUCAUGGCCUGCUCAGUGUCGUGUAGUAGUAUGGAUCACUGCCAUUCCCUUAGUGAAUGACGUAUUUAAAUGUGUGCAUCAGCUUCUCUUAUUUCAGGCAACAGAGGGAAUGGCCCAAGCUAUUUGAGAACUUGAUUGUCCUCACCAGCAGGCAGGAGAGGUGUAUCACGAGGAAGAGGCUCCUUGUGUUUUCCUCUUGAAUUUCAUAUAUCAGCUGGAGUCAUCCCAGGCCCCUGGCAGUAAAGGUAACAAAGAAUGGGUUAUGGACCCUGUCAGCUUUUAAGUGCUUAAAGGCAGCGAAGCUGAGCGGUUGGCCAUCAAUUUGCUCUGCUGAUGUUUCUCAUUUUCUGUUAGAUCCUUCCAGAAUUUGUUAGCUAAUGCUCUUUUUCUGUAGUGUAUUUAGUUUGUUCCUUCUUCAGGCUUUUGCAUAGAGGCUUUCAGAACUGGGAAGCAGCACAUCCAGAAUUUACUAGCAAUGACUUCAGAAACUCAUAAUAGUUCUUGUCAGCAGCAGAGAGGAACCUUUGCCUCUUCAGAAGUGCUGUUAUCUGAAUUAAUGAAAUAUCCUGUUGGCAGGGUAGGAAAGCAGCAUCUGUAGGCAACCAAAAGGCACAGAGGGAAGCAUUUAGUGUUAUUGUUUACAAAACAUUCAGCCGUGGGCUGUACUACCCUCACAGCAAAUCAUUCAUCCCUAAGAGACUGAGCAAGUCUUGCCUCAUCUUGUAAUGAAUUUGUCUGAGAAUUUCCAUUUUCAGUGGCAUAUGCUUUUGACUUAGCUGUUACAUGGAAAGGACUUUUUUACACUGUGAGAAGAGGAUGGGGGAAGCCUUUCUCAUCUGUAAUAUUUCUUUAGCCAUUUGUAUGUACUUCCUUGUUUCUAUGUUUAUUUUGUGUAAGAAGCAAAAUGUUAAUGCAGAAAUGGAUUUGUCUUCCUUGGUGCAACCACUGAGAGGAAUAUCUUUCUCCUAGUUGUCUUAGAUUUUCUUGAGAAAACACAAACUAUCUCAUUUUAAUGACUUUGUUUGCUUCAUGUUUUGAUUGCUAUAAGCACUGUGACUGUUAUAAAGUUCUUUGAAAGACCAGUGUAUUCAGGAAUUGAGAGAAGACAACCCAACUCUUCAGGCCUGUGGCUAUCCUAAUGGUAAUUUUGUCGUUACAGUUGUACCUCUUGCCUUGUUCCACUGAAGAAAGAUGCCCAUAAAAAGGUGUGUGAGCGAUGCUGCUGUUCUAAGGAAACUGUGUGUGCUGACAGAUUGAAUGUGUAGCACUUAAAAACAGGGGAGGUAGGUCCAGUUUGUGGGCCACACAACUUAUUUAAAAUCAUAGUGUAAGGUUAUGAAGGAGUCAUUGUAUCUUGAGUUUUCCUCUUUCCGUUUUCUGUAUGUGCUCUUGAAAGUUUCUUCUGUGAAUAUGCCCUCUCUAGGGUGUCUGAGAGAAUAGGGUUCCACAAAACGCUUGUGAAAUAGGUUGACAUUAGAACAAUUGUUCCUGAUGCAGAGGAGUAGGAGGAAAAUACUUUGGUUAUCUAAGAGUGCUAAUUCCUCUACUGUGUACCUCUGUUAUUGCUGUGCUUUUUUUGCCUGUUUCAUUUGGCUAAAUACAUUUAUUUUGCUA